UUGUCUAGGAUCGUAAGUGAUUGUGCUAACGCAACUUCGAAACAGGGCUUCGAAUAUUUUGGCAUUCAGUUCUAUGGUGAGUGUUGGUCCGGAGUGAGUAAGAUAGCCUAUGAUGCCGUUGGCAAAUCAGACAACUGCAAAGGUCCGAAUUUCACAAAGUGUGAUGAUGCACCUUGCUCGUACUGUGUGGGACAAGCAAAAGUGAACUACGUAUAUAAAAUCAAUUCGUGAUUGCCCUCCUCAUGCAGGUAAAAUAACAAGAACCAAGACUGAGUACCUACCCCUCCCCUAAGUCACCAAAGUGAGAAGUAAGUGUUGAUGUUGACUUAGGUGCGAUCAGGCGUUUUUUUUUUAAGGGCGGACGAGGCGAAUGGAAAAAAAAAUAACGCCUGAUACAUUUAUUUAACAAGCCACCAGCCGCCCUGUAAUUUAAAUAAACAAACGUCAGCUCUACCUGUCAAGUUAAUGGGCCAAUCAGCAUUUACCGGAAGUCAGUUGCUAUGCGUACAUUGGCGGGAAUCUCAUUUCAACGAGGCGCGGAAAACGUCUGCCCGCUCCCUUUUAUCCCUCUAUGUCUCUCAAGGGAAGAGAAAAGAAAAUUACACGGCGAUGUUCAGAUGGCGCUCGCUAAAAAAGUAAAAAAUGUUAUCUUUGUGAUGAAAUUCUACUAGCUGGGGCUGUGCCGUUAUGCAAAGCCGCAAGAAAUGGAGAGUUAACGGAAAAAAAAAUUGUCCACUGCCGGCAGUAUCGUGUUGUCGGCCUUAGUCAUAAGCGUUGGGAUAGGUAUUUGUAA